GUUCAUGAGAUAGUAAAAAAUGAGUUCCAUUGAUGAAGAAAGGUCACUUCUUGAAGUUCAAGAAGUGAAAUUGUAUGCUGAAGAUGGUUCAAUAGAUAUUCAUGGAAACCCACCAUUGAAGCAGACAACAGGAAACUGGAAAGCUUGUCCAUUCAUUUUUGCCAAUGAAUGCUGUGAACGGUUGGCUUAUUAUGGAAUUGCCAAGAAUCUAAUCACUUACUUCACAAAUGAAUUGCAUGAGACUAAUGUUUCUGCUGCUAGACAUGUUAUGACAUGGCAAGGAACAUGUUAUAUCACUCCUCUUAUUGGUGCUUUAAUAGCUGAUGCUUAUUGGGGACGAUAUUGGACUAUUGCUUGUUUCUCUGCCAUUUAUUUCACUGGAAUGGUUGCAUUGACACUAUCAGCUUCAGUUCCGGGUUUGAAACCAGCGAAAUGCAUUGGCUCUCUAUGUCCACCAGCAACAAUGGUUCAGUCUACGGUUUUAUUUUCAGGUCUUUACCUUAUAGCUCUUGGGACUGGUGGAAUCAAACCAUGUGUCUCAUCCUUUGGUGCUGAUCAGUUUGAUAAGACCGAUCCAAGCGAACGAGUGAGAAAAGCUUCGUUCUUUAACUGGUUUUACUUUACCAUCAACGUUGGUGCGUUUGUUUCAUCUACUGUACUAGUUUGGAUUCAAGAGAAUUGUGGAUGGGAAUUGGGAUUCUUGAUACCUACCGUGUUCAUGGGACUUGCUACUGUGAGUUUCUUCUUUGGCACGCCGCUUUAUAGAUUUCAGAAACCGAGAGGUAGCCCGAUUACUAGAGUCUGCCAAGUUCUUGUAGCCGCAUACCGUAAAUCGAAUCUCAAGUUAAACAAACGGUUGUUCAUAUCAAUGUACAGGUUUCUUGACAAAGCCGCAAUCAUAUCAGAAGAAGACGCGGAAUCCGAACCUUUCACCGAUCCGUGGAAGCUAUGUACCGUGACUCAAGUGGAAGAAGUUAAGAUUCUAUUACGUUUGGUCCCCAUUUGGGCCUCAGGCAUCAUCUUCUCAGUUCUCCAUUCACAGAUUUACACUCUCUUUGUUCAACAAGGACGGUCCAUGAAUCGAACCACCGGCUCAUUCGAAAUCCCUCCAGCUACUCUCGGGAUGUUCGACACUGCAAGUGUUCUCAUAUCUGUCCCAAUCUAUGACCGCAUCAUCGUUCCCUUUGUGAGACGGUUCACAGGGUUAGCAAAGGGAUUCACUGAUCUACAACGAAUGGGGAUUGGUCUUUUUGUCUCUGUCUUGAGCUUGACAUUUGCAGCUAUCGUUGAGACGGUUCGGUUACAGUUAGCGAGAGAUCUUGAUCUAGUGGAAAGUGGAGACACUGUUCCAUUAACCAUCUUUUGGCAAAUCCCUCAGUACUUUUUUAUGGGCACUGCUGGAGUUUUCUUCUUCGUUGGGAGGAUCGAGUUUUUCUAUGAGCAAUCUCCAGAUUCAAUGAGAAGCUUGUGUAGUGCUUGGGCUCUUCUCACUACUACACUAGGAAACUACUUGAGCUCGAUGAUCAUUACCCUUGUGGCGUAUUUGAGCGGCAAAGAUUGUUGGAUUCCUUCAGACAACAUUAACAAUGGCCAUCUUGACUACUUCUUCUGGCUUUUGGUCUGUCUUGGAUGUGUUAACAUACCCGUUUUUGUCUUCUUCUCUGUCAAAUACACUCACAAGAAGGCUUGAUCUCUUCUUCUGCUCUUGUGUGUACUUUCAAAAUGUGUGGGCCUUUGUGUUGCAAAUUGAAAGUUAUGGCCCUCUGUUUUGGCUUUAGGAUAUAUUUAUACUACGUAAAUAAAUUACACAAUUCCAU